UUCCCAUCAUGCAAUCCUGGUCGGAAAUGAAAAAGCCUGGCCAAGGCGGAGUAGUUUUUUCUUCGUGGACGUAUUGUUUUUCCUAGAUUUCAACCACUGAACUAAAUCGAAGUCUCGACUACGUGUCCUGCAUUAGCCACAUUAUGGAGUCAAACAUCAGUCUUCAAGUCCGGGCACUCGUUCAAGUUUUGUCGCCUACUUUAGCCUAGCCUAGCUGGCCAACCGCUAACAAAGCUGCAAGGCACGACGUCAAGCGUUCAGAAAUCAAAAUAUGUUCGCGAGAACUACACCGGCUGCAUAUAAGUUCCAAGAGGAACUCUGUGGAGUAAAAGAGGAGCUCCCACGUCACAAGGAUUCGACUGUGUGCAAAAUAAUGCACGCAAAGGUUGUUCAUCGCAGACUCGAAGAUCUAUGUGUCAGCCAAGCCCAUCGUCUUGAGCACCAGGAGUCUUGCGUCAAGGGGGAGGAGGAAGAGUCGCCAUACAUCAAGGAGGAGGAAGAGUCCGUUCCCAUUCAAGGUUUCAUAAAAUAUCUUGGUGCUGAGCCAGAAUCUCCUGGUGUUAAAGAGGAUGUUGAGCUCCCCCAAAUCAAAGAGGAGGAGGAGCCAGAGCCUUGUCAACAGAAGGAGAGAGAAGAGCACCUUCCAAUCAAAAAGGAGGAGGAGGAGCUGCCUUACGUUAAAGGGGAAGAAGGUGUCGCCAGGUCGACGAGUGAGCCCAUUAAGAGUGAACAUGGUCCAAGAGAGGCAGGCACAAGGGUGCAGCCUCCAAGCGGCAGCAGCAGCAAUACAACAGAAGGAUUGCAAGCAGACAUUUUCAUCGCUCAGUCAGACAGAAACGGCACCACGUCACACUCGUCUUAUAAUGAUAAUGGUCAUAAGACAUCUCACAGUGACAACAAACUCUGCAAAUCCCCUCGGGCGUAUACGAGGAGCCACACUGGAGAAAAACCUUUUUCCUGCUCAGUUUGUGGUAAAAGAUUUGCUCAAAAGCAAAACUUACAAAUUCACGAAAGAGCCCACACUGGUGAAAAACCUUUUUCCUGCUCAGUUUGUGGUCAAAGAUUUGCGAUAAAGCAAAACUUACAAAGUCACGAAAGAACCCACACUGGUGAAAAACCUUUUUCCUGCACAUUUUGUGGUCAAAGAUUCAGUCACAAGAACAACUUAAAACGACACACAAAAACCCACACUGGCGAAAAACCUUUUUCCUGUUCAGUUUGUGGAAAAGGUUUUGUUCAGGCAGGAGACUUAACAAAACACACAAGAACCCACACUGGCAAAAAACCUUUUUCCUGCUCAGUUUGUGGUCAAAGAUUUGCCCAAAAGCAAAACUUACAAAGUCACGAAAGAACCCACACUGGAGAAAAACCUUUUUCCUGCUCAGUUUGUGGUCAAAGAUUCGCUCAAAAGCAAUCCUUAAAAAGUCACGAAAGAAUCCACACUGGCGAAAAACCCUUUUUCUGCUCGGUUUGUGAUCAAAAAUUUGCUGGAAAGAAAAACUUACUAAGUCACCAAAGAACCCACACUGGCAAAAAACCUUUUUGCUGCUCAAUUUGUGGUCAAAGAUAUGCUCAAAAGCAAAGUUUACAAAGUCACGAAAGAACUCACACUGGCGAAAAACCUUUUUCCUGCUCAGUUUGUGGAAAAGGUUUUGUUCAGGCGGGAACCUUAAAACGACACACACGAACCCACACUGGCGAAAAACCUUUUUCCUGCUCAGUAUGUGGUCAAGGAUUCACUGAAAAGCAAAGCUUAACAAAACACUCAAGAACACACACUGGAGAAAAACCUUUUUCCUGCUCAGUUUGUGGUCAAAGAUUUGCUCAAAAGCAAAGCUUACAAAGUCAUGGAAGAAUCCACACUGGUGAAAAACCUUUUUCCUGCACAUUUUGUGGUCAAAGAUUCAGUCACAAGAACAACUUAAAACGACACACAAAAACCCACACUGGCGAAAAACCUUUUUCCUGCUCAGUUUGUGGUCAAGGAUUCACUGAAAAGCAAAACUUAACAAAACACACAAGAACACACACUGGAGAAAAACCUUUUUCAUGCUUAGUUUGCGGUCAAAGAUUCAGUCACAAGAGCACCUUAAAACAACACACAAGAACCCACACUGGCGAAAAACCUUUUUCCUGCUCAGUUUGUGGAAAAAGUUUUGGUCAGGCGGGAACCUUAAAACGACACACAAGAACCCACACUGGCGAAAAACCUUUUUCCUGCUGAGUUUGUGGAAAAGUUUUUGUUCAGGCAGGAAACUUGUCAAAACACACAAGAACCCACACGGGCGAAAAACCUUUUCCCUGCUCAGUUUGUGGUCAAGGAUUCUCUCAAAAGCAACACUUAAAAAGACACACAAGAACCCACACUGGCAAAAAACCCUUUUCCUGCUCGGUUUGUGAUCAAAGAUUUGCUCAAAAGCCAAACUUACGAAGUCACGAAAGAACCCACACUGGCGAAAAAUCGUUUGUGAUCCAAGAUAUGCUCAGCAUAUUUCUCGAUGUCCCGCCCCAUAAAUGGCCAAAAACAUCUCUGUCGGACAAGGCUUGUAGUGCGUUCAAUGCCUUGAUGGCCGUGGUCGUCAUGGAGGCCUUUAAGCACUUCAGGUUGCAAGCAUUGCGGCAACAAGAGCUGAAGAACAACUUGUCCCUCUCCUGGACUCUGAACUUGGCGAUAAAGAAUGUCCUCCUUUGCUUUAAUCCUGUUCCAUUGCUGCGCCAGUUUUCUCACCGCUUGCCCAACCUUGGUCAGCUCUGCUUUGGAUGGGGGACUUCCUCUUUUCCAGAAUUGCAGGAAGGGCCCAAUUACUGGAUCGGCAGCCUGAAGUGCCAGCAGAUCAGCCUUGGGGCGGGAUGGAAAUGCCCCAAUGGCUUCACAGAUGUCAGUCAAGCGCAUCGUCCUGAAUGCCUGGAGUCCGCUCGCAUGGAGGUUGCUGAAGAGCCGCCAUACAUCAAAAAGCUGGAGGAAGAAUUUGUCCACAUUAAAGAGGAGCAGGAGGAGUAUUUCAUUAGAGUGGAGAACCCCCACAUUGAGGAGCAGCAGCAACCUCAUCCCCUCAAAAAGGAGGAGGAGGAUCCUCCAUAUGUUAAAGUGGAGGUGGUGAACAUCCCUAAGUGGACUAGUGAGCCCUUAAAGCAUGAAGAUGGAGGUCCGAGUGAGGCCAGCAGAGGGACGGAGCCUCCGGAUGGCAGCAGCAGAUCAAAAGAAGGUUCCCAAGCAGACAUCGCUCGACCAUCAGAGAGUGACGACUUCACAUCACACUCGCUGUUCUGUUUCAGAAAAUAUAUUGGUGCUGAGUCAGAAUCUCCUGGCGUAAAAGAGGAUGUUGAGCUCCCCCAAAUCAAACAGGAGGAGCCAAAGCCCUGUCAACAGAAGCAAAUUCCAAUCAAAAAGGAGGAGGACGAGUUGCCAUAUGGUAAAGAGGAGGAGGAGCAUAUCACCAGGUUGACUGGUAAUCCCUUGAAGAGUGAAGAUGAAGGUGUGAGUGAGGCCGGCAGAGGGGCGGAGCCUCCAAGCGGCAGCAGCUCAACUGAAGGAUUGCAAGCAGACAUUUUCAUCGCUACAUCAGACACAAAUGCAACUACGUCACACUCACCUUACAUUGAUGUUGGUCAUAAGACAUCUCACGGUAACGACAAACUCUGCAAAUGCUCUCAGUGUGGGAAAACCUUUGCUAAUAAGUAUAAUUGUCGAAUGCAUAUGAGGAGCCACACUGGUGAAAAGCCUUUUUCCUGCUCGGUUUGUGGUCAAGGAUUCUCUAAAAAGCAACACUUACAAAGUCACGAAAGAACCCACACUGGCGAAAAACCUUUUUCCUGCUCAGUUUGUGGUCAAGGAUUCUCUCGAAAGCAAUGUCUACAAAGUCAUAAUAGAAUCCACACUGGCGAAAAACCUUUUCCCUGCUCAGUUUGUGGUCAAAGAUUCGCUCAAAAGCAUCACUUACAAAGUCAUGAAAGAACCCACACUGGCGAAAAACCUUUUUCUUGCUCAAUUUGUGGUCAAGGAUUCUCUAUAAAGCAAAACUUACGAGGUCACAAAAGGACCCACACUGGCGAAAAACCUUUUUCCUGCUCAGUUUGUGGUCAAGGAUUCUCUCAAAAUCGAAACUUAAAAAGACACUCAAGAACCCACACAGGCAAAAAACCUUUUUCCUGCUCAGUUUGUGGUGAAAGAUUUGCUCGGAAGGAUCCAAAGAAGGGCCACGUGUGUGUUGGUGUGAGAAGCAGUGGCCAAUGACUCUUUUGCCUGUCAUGCAUGCUGGCUUCAUCAAAUUUUGCAUGCAGGUUAGGUUAUGGUUGGGGGUUACGUUGGUAUUCGUGGUACACUUUAUUUUUGUGAUUGCAUUUCUGUUUGGACUUUGCCAUUUUGUGUUUUACCUUUACUAGCCAUCGACGUCUUUCCUUUGGCUCUCUCGCCGACUGGCAUCAUCAUCAUAAUCUCAAAAAAUUCAAACUACACUUUUCGCAUUUCAUAUUUGAAACCGCAGAGCCCAAAUUCCAAAAAUUCAAAAUCAUUCAUAAAUAUUGUCAUUAAAUAAAUAUGGAAAUUUAGAAUACAUUGUUCCAUAUUGCAAAAAUAGUUUAAAAAAAAAAAAAAAAACUGGCUCACAAAUGAGUUUUUUUGUGUGGGGGCUAAUGUAAAUAUAUAUAUAUAUAUUUUUUUCAAUUACUCUUACUACUCGUGAUUGACAGAGUAUGAGGGCCAAAUAAAGAAAAAUGAAGAAAGAAAAAGAAAAAAGGACUAUGACAGUCAAGUCGUGUUCUUACAAUUUUUUUUUUUUCCUU